AUGGCUCCAAAGAAGAGCCGUAAGCGCAAAGCACCUGAUGCUGGUGAAGAUGGUUCGAGCAAGAAGCGAGUCGCCAUUCUCCAAGACUCUGCGCCGUCUCACGCCGCCUUGUUCAGCGACACAUCCAUAUCGCCUCCUGCUACUUCUCCAGAAGAGUCCACAGGUGUUGCUACUACACUUCCGGGCCUUUCUGACCUUGACUACACUCCGAACAAAUGGGACUCUCCUCACCUCCAUCGGUACUUCGAAUUGCUUCAAGAUGGACACUUCAAGAUGAAAUCGGGCGCCACGGCAAAGUACACAGCGCCCACUCCAAAAUCAGAACACGUUCUCGACCUGCCGGCGGUGGAAGGCCGGAACUUCACUCUCGUGGAAGACGCAAUUUGCCUUGUGAACCAGGAUCAGCCUGAUGGCACGACUAUCAAAGUUUGGAAAAUACCUAUUCGCAACAUGACGGCUGAAGAACUGCAAUUCGACGCCUUUAUGGUACCAGGGUGGGCCACACCACUCAAAUGCCCGUCUUGCAAGAAGAAGCAAGUGAAGUGCAACAAAAAGAGGCCUUGCGACAAGUGCUCCAAAGACCCAGUUGACGCAGCGGAAUGCGUGAAAGCCAAACACGAGGUCGCAGACCACAGAUGGCUCACAGAGUCGGCUUGCUCGAGUGAGAACAUUUCCAAGAUCGUUCAACUGGGCCAGCUUGUGGCUCAGAUUUUGAACAGAGUGCCAUUCGAGCCAGAUGUCGAUAUAUGGACUGGUAGACGCCAGCCUGACGUUAGAGCGCUCGUCCCGCCACAGAAACGAUUUGUUGAACUCGUCAGCAUCAUUGAGUGGAAGCGACGACACUUCCAGGAACUGGAUUUCGACCGUAUCCCACCUCACCCUGCGCCGUGGUCGGACAAAACUCACACAUACCGCUUCUUUGGCAGAGCGGCCUUUGGAGGACCACCCGUCUUACAAUGGCGGAAACAAUCAUACGGCACGCAGCCACGCAGCCUGAUAUGGUCAGGCAAAGACGGUCAGCACGCCAACUUUCUGACAUUGAGUCCUGCCAACUUCGAUGCGUCGCAGCGUGAGACGCCUUCGGAAGAUCAUCUCGAUGACUAUCAGUUCUUCGGCCAGUACUUCGAUGGUGCUCCUGACGAUUGCAACAACAAAGAUCUUGUCACGGAGGCCAAAACCGAUUCUAAGACCGCUUCUAUGCUCCGGGCAUUCCAGCAAGGUCUCUUCGCACUUGUUGGCCACGUAGGUGAAUGGACUGCCAUCAACAGUACUUGGCAUGAACAUACAUCCGCAUACCAAAGCAAGGCGGGAACAAAGGGCGCGAUGUUAGAUGGACCGCUCAAUGGUGGCCUUCUGCUCAAGAAACCCAAUGCGAUAACAAAUGCCCUCUACUUCGGUCAAAGCUGGCAUGCGCUUCUCGCGAAGCCGUUCACUCACGCCGCUAUACCGAAGGUCGAUGAUCGGGCGUGUCUCUCAUACGCCAUGAGCACCACGUUGGACGCAUUUGAAGCUGGAAAGUCUUUUCCUUGGAUCACGUUCACGCUGUAUCGAGCGCUCUAUGAGCUCGAGUCAGGGAUUGUCACGAGAGACAUGGUCAUCGAGCAGGCCUUGACUUCUUUCGAUUCUGCAGACCCAGACAACGCAUCUCGCUGGGCCAUCUGUAUGCACUGCUUGAAGUCGAUAGCCCGCGAUAGGCUGUGCUGGAUAGAGACCAUCAAGGGCCCACUUCUAUGUUGCAGGUCAUGCUCAAACAGUAGCUAUGCUCUGAAGACUUUCUCUAACCGACCGAACCUUUUUGACACGUUGCGACGCCGUUGUGAACAAAUAUUUAAAAGCGACAGCCUCUUCACCACCCCAGACUGGACACCGAACGAGCUUUCAGCGACCUUACAUCAAAACCACCAAGUGCCAGGUGAGGUUGUCAAGUACAUUCACGGCUUCACAGCACUGCCAAUGGACUUGUAUACUCAGUCUGCGAUCUACCUCCGCCCCGAGAUCGAGAAGGUACACCAGCGAUACGGUGACCAACUUCACAGUCCUCACAACAUCACUUUGGUUCCAAGUUGCCUGAACAAGUUGCAUCUUACCGGAGCAAUCUCGCUGCUCCCAGUGGUCAAGAACGCAAUGGUUCUGGGCUUGAAGGAGCAAGAAUUGGGCCGUCUUCGCCCCAGAUACCACCCUGACCUGGAGGCAGAGUGGGCCGCAAAUGAAGCCGCUCAAGAUCAUCAGCGAAUCGUCUGCUCUUUGACUCCAUCAAACACUAAGCUACGGAUGCGACAAGAGCGUUCUCCCGAGAUUGAUCAGCGAAUCAGAGAGAUGGAGAAGAGCGGCGUGUGGGACGGAGAUCUCGUUCCCUUCGUGAAGGGCCUGUUUCAAACCAAGUCGAGCCGCAUCCAGUCUCCACACUGGCCAGUCGAAAACAUGUGGCAGGAUACUCGCUGGAAAGAAUUGGUUGCACUGAUCAAGGAAAUGCAAGGCAGCAAGGAUUGGAAUCCUGAAUCCAACGAUAUCGUCUGGAUUGGUCCACAGCAAGAUCUUCCUUGGUUCUGGAGAGAGGACCAUGCUCCGACUGACGUCGACCGCGAAUAA